UAAAGAACGAUCAAUCUGAGUUAGAUUUGGCGGUAUCAUGUCUACCUUUAAAGGCGAAAUAUACGGGGAGUAUAAUUGUUGUUCACAAAAUAAAAACCGAGGACUAGGAUGAGCGUGGUAAUGAAGCUAGCAGCCGCAACGGUAGCUGCGUUGCUGUCGAUUGGAUUUCGCGCGGCGGCGAGCGGCGCGGAGACCAAAUAUCAAGUAGCGCUGCCCGGAUGUCGGGAAAUUUGCGGGAAUAUUACGGUACCCUACCCGUUCGGAGUCGGGGAUAAGUGUUCCUGGAGCGAAAAUUUUAAUGUCACCUGCGACGAGCACUCAAAGUUAUACUUAGGGAUUGGGGAUGCGUUUAACGAAAUCGCAGAAAUUCAUCAUCUUAAAGGGAUGAUGGAAUCCAAUACGCCCAUAUUCACCGUAUGCUACAACGAAUCCAGAGAAGAGGUGAAUAAAGAUGCUAAUAUUAGUACGGGUCUGGUUGAGGUGUCGGAUUCGUUCUGGAUUUCCCGUGAAGAAAACAUGUUCUACACCGUCGGCUGCAACGUGUACGGGAUUUUCGCCGGAUACAAAGGCGCCGGUACAAGUCUCACUGGGUGCGGAGGGGUGUGCGACUGGCCUCUGGAAAAGAAGGACGUCAGGGAAUGUUCUGGGUCGGGGUGUUGCGAGGCGGAUAUUCAUGCGGCACACGAGCUGACGUCGUUCGGGAUUACGAUUGCCAAUGUAUUAGUAGAGGUCGAUAAAGAAUUGUGGGAAUUCAGCAAAUGCAGCCAUGCUUUUGUGGCCAAAAAAGGGUGGUAUCAUUUCCGUAAGGAGGAUCUUGCUUAUCUGGGCUUUCGCACAGUACCUUUGGUCAUAAACUGGGCUGUCGGGGGAGAGAAUGCGACUUGUAAAACUGCUGCUGAAGAGCAUGGAUAUGUAUGCCGCGGCUUAAACACAGACUGUGAAGACCUGCCGUACCGGUAUGGGUACCGAUGCAAAUGCAAACCCGGUUAUGACGGGAAUCCGUACCUGCCUACUGGUUGCGUACACAAUAUAAACGAGUGCAUUACUGAUAACCCUUGCGUUCCAGAAGCAAUAUGCGUUGACACUAAUGGUAGCUACACUUGUCAAUGCCCAAAAGGACAUGAAGGAAAUGGGGAAAAAAACGGAACGCGUUGUAGCUGCCGAAAUGGAUAUGAAAGUCAUGUGAAGAAAAAUGGAGAGAGCCAUUGCAUCCGUAAACCUAGUAGCGGUAAUACUGAGCUAAUCAUUGGUUUGAGUGUAUGUAUUGGUGUCAUAGCAUUGCUUGUAGUAAGCUUCUUCAUAUACCGGGGAUCAAGGAAAAGGAGGCUUAUCAGACUCCGAGAGCAAUUUUUCCAUCAAAAUGGUGGCAUAUUGUUGCAACAACAAAUAGCUGGAAAAGGUGGACCAAGUGAUGCAAGUAUGAAAAUCUUCACACUAGAAGAUAUGGAGAAAGCCACCAACAAUUUUGAUGAAAAAACUAUCUUAGGUCAAGGAGGAUAUGGAACCGUAUACAAAGGAGUAUUAGAUGAUAGAGGAGCUAUAGCCAUAAAAAGGUCCAAGAUUUGUGAGAAAAGUCAAGUUGAACAAUUCAUCAAUGAGAUCGUUGUUCUAUCACAAAUCAACCAUAGAAAUGUUGUCAAGCUCUUCGGCUGCUGUUUAGAGACAGAAGUUCCAUUACUAGUCUAUGAGUUUAUAACCAAUGGCACUCUCUAUGAGCAUCUCCACACACAUGCCCAAUCGUCUAAUCUUUCAUGGGCAGCCCGAUUAAGAGUGGCAUCAGAAUCUGCAGGAGCACUAUCAUAUUUACACUCUGCCGCUUCUCCCCCAAUCAUUCACAGAGAUGUAAAGACAGCGAAUAUACUAUUAGAUGAUAGGCUUACUGCAAAAGUUGGUGACUUUGGAGCUUCAAGGCUUGUCCCUCUUGAACGAACUCAAGUCACAACUUUAGUGCAAGGAACAUUCGGAUAUCUUGAUCCAGAAUACUUCCACACAGGCCAAUUGACAGAUAAAAGCGAUGUUUAUAGCUUCGGGGUUGUUCUCGCAGAGCUUUUAACAGGAGAGAAGGCAAUUUCACCUACUAGGGCAGAGGAUGAUAGGAAUCUAGGGGCUUAUUUUGUUUCUUCUCUGAACAAUGGUCGGUUGUCACAAAUUGUGGAUAAUCGGAUAGUUAACGAUGUAAACUUUGAGCAAUGUAUGGGAGUGGCAAAGAUUGCGAGCCGGUGUUUGAAGGUGAGGAGGGAUGAUAGGCCGACUAUGAAAGAAGUGGCAAUGGAGAUCGAGGGAUUGAUAGUUCUUGAGAGGCACCAUGGGGAAGAAUCACGGGAAAAAGAAAUAUCUUCAAUAGAGACAGAGUAUCUUUCACCAUCUGCAUCUUCUCACGCAAUUAAUAAUGUGAGAGAUUUGUUCACCAGUGGUGGUAAAACGAGUGAUGGAGACAGCAUGGAGCUAUUUUCUAGGUCAUUGAGUGGUGGAAGAUGACGGUAAUUUUUCCUUGAUUUUCCCUAAAGCUUAUUUUGUAUUGUACACUUUUUUAACCUUUGCAGAGUUUCUUUUUCUUAUUUGAUCAAAAUAUUUGACAUUUGAAUAAUUAAUUUGUGAUUCUUAUUAUUUCGUUAUCCUCUGCACAAAUAUAGAUACAUAACAUUUACUUUCUUAUUCAUGUAUCCAUCAAACAUAACAAAAUUUAACUGAAUGGAAGGAGCAUAAAUUUC